AUGGCCGUGCCCGUUGCCCUGCCCUCGCCGCUGCCGUGCUCGCUGCCCUGCCCUCGCCCGUGCCGCUGCCGUGCUGCCCUGCCCCUGCCCGUGCCGCUGCCGUGCUGCCCUGCCCUCGCCGCGGUGCGCCUGCCGCUGCCCCUGCCCCCCUGCCGCUGCCGUGCUGCUGCCCUGUCCCUGCCCGUGCGCCGUGCCGCUGCCCUCGCCGUGCUCUGCCGUGUCGCUGCCCUCGUCGCUGCCGUGCCGCUGCCGUGCCGCUGCCGUGCUGCUGCCCUCGCCUCUGCCCGUGCGCCGUGCCGCUGCCCUGCCGUGCCGCUGCCCUGUCGCUGCCGUGCCGCUGCCGUGCCGCUGCCAUGCUAG